AGAACUCCUCACAUGGCUACACGUGUUAAUCUAAUCUCACAGCCCCAUAAGAGCUUCAUGUGAGACCUGGUCACUUCCAGGUCGGGGUUGGGGGUAGUUGAGGUGUAAAAAAAAAGCUAGAAAAAAAAACAACAACAAAAGAAUGGAGUCAGAAGAAUACCACGCAUACACAAAUCUCCACGGUGUGAUCUUUUAAACAUAGAAAUUAUUUAUUUUUGGGAGGGGGGUAGAGGAAAAAAAAUACAGCCGUGUUCUGGCGUGGUAGCAGAUACGACCCCCGUUUGGAAACGCCAGUGGACAGCAACCAAUCAGAAAGCUCCUUCUUCGCGGCCAUUGGCGAUGACGUGUGACACCGCAAGACCGUUAUAAAAAGUUCUCGCGCCAAGAUUUGUCACCAGACGAGUAAGUAAGCUGUGAAUAGACGGAGUGCAUUCAAGUUGUUGCCCACCAACUGAACAGGAGAACAGCAGGACGAAAAUGCCCAAAGCUGCUUGCUUUGUGGCGUGGUGCCUCUUUGCCGCGAUCUCCUCAUCGACUUUGGCCCUUGGUAAGUCUUCGUCAAAGAAAGCCUGUUAAAAGCCUAAAAAUUAUAUGACUAUUUAUACUCAUUUACACUUAAUUUUUUUAAAAUAAUGUAACAUAGAGUCAAUUCUUAAGAUAAAAAUUUUAAUAGAGAAAACAUGAUUGUUGACGUCAACUAAUCUAAAAGCCCCUCCCCCUUGUCAACAAAUGUCCAACAUUUCCAAACCCUUCCCCCUAUUUUGUUGACGUAAUCAUUGGACGCCCCCAAGGGCGGCUCUUCUCAGAAAAAUCAACAAUAAUGAGGAUAUUUAAAUGGAUUUCAUCUUUUACUAUAAUGACAGAUGUGCUUAAUUUAACUUUAUUUUUAUGACUGUAAUAAAUAUAGUGCUCAUAUUCAUUAGUCAAGACCAUUAAGCACUCUGGACUAAGGCACAGACAAUAGAAAAGUAUAGUUGGUGUGGUGCGACCCAGGCGGCACGUUUGUCUGAAGGUGGAAUAUUCGGUCCAUCUCUAAUACUAUGGCUCUCUUGGCUCAAAGGCCAUAUUUGCCUAUAUGUUUGAUGUAAAUUAUGUGCGUUUUUUGUGUGUGGUUUUGUUGAGCGUGGACUUCUUCUAACUAUAAAAGCUCAUUCAUUGGUCUUCAAAAUCGUCUAAAUUGAAAAUAUAUAUAUAUAUAUAUAUAUAUAUAUAUUUAAAAGAUACAGUUUUAGAAUGAUCUUUACCCAUUUGCAAUAUGUGCAAAUUAAGUGGCUCUCUUGCCUCACUGUCCGUAUGUGGCCAUUAAGUGGCUCACUUGGCUCACUGUCCAUAUGUGCCAAUUAAGUGGCUCUCUUGCCUCAAAGUCCAUAUGUUCCCAUUAAGUGGCUCUCUUGGCUUACUGUUUAUAUGUGCCCAUUAAGUGGCUCUCUUGGCUCACAGUCCAUAUUUGCCAAUUAAGUGGCUCUCUGGCCUCAAAGUCCAUAUGUGCCCAUUAAGUGGCUCUCUUGGCUUACUGUUUGUAUGUGCCCAUUAAGUGGCUCUCUUGGCUCAAAGGCCAUAUUUGCCUAUUAAGUGGCUCUCUUGGCUUACUGUUUAUAUGUGCCCAAUAAGUGGCUCUCUUGGCUCACUGUCCAUAUGUGCCCAUUAAGUGUUUCUCUUGCCUCACUGUCAAUGUGUGCACAUUGAGUGGCUCCUUUGGCUUAUUGUUUAAAUAUGCAAAUUAAGUGGCUCUCUUGCCUCACUGCACAUAUGUUCACAUUAAGUGUUUCUCUUGGCUCACUGUCCAUAUUUGCAUAUUAAGUGGCUCUCUUGGCUCACUGUUCAUUUGUUAAAACUGUAACGAUCAUACUAAGAACACUUUCAAAGCACACAUGCUAUAGCGCACUGGUCCUAACCUUUAUAUUGACACAUUCUUCAGCCACACGGUCAAUUAGCACCUAGCACCUACUCUAGGAAGCCAUUACCACAUCAAAUCCUUCAUUCACAAUGAAUGGAUACCUUUAAUCGCCCUUACUUUGUACUUGGUCAUUGGCACCUUAGCCCAUACACAUUUCUUGUCAGACAUUCUUAUCUCAACACUUUUCUUGUAAAUCAUUCUAUGGAACUUUAACUCAACACUUUUCUUGUAAUUCAUUUUAUGGAACUUUAACUCAACACUUUUCUUGUAAAUCAUUCUAUGGAACUUUAACUCAACACUUUUCUUGUAAUUCAUUUUAUGGAACACUAACUCAAAACUUAUCACAUAUGAAACAUUAUAUAAGAUAAAAUUGUGUUUUUGAUGGAAAGAAAUAUAUUUUUUUUUAAAUUACGAUUUACAUAUUGAUUUUUAGCACAUACAUAACUGUUCUUACAAAGAAAGUUUCAAACUAGAACUGGAACUUCAUUACAUUUGUAAUAAUAUUAACUUUAAGAAAGAUUAUUUAGAUAUUCACCAGGCAGGGGAGCAUGCUGGUAAAUUCUGAUAGAUAAAGGAACAAAUAAAUUUUUAAAUCUUUAGGUCCUAAAUUUGAGGGAUUGAUCUAGCUGAACUUAGGUAUCUCUGAUGAAAUGGGUGGCAUUUAUCCGCCAACUUUUUGGUAGUAAUACAAAUGCUUAUUCCUUCAAUUAGUUCUUAAAGAGAAGUUAUUUUUUUUAGCAAUAUGUCUUGUUUUCUUUUGUUUCCAUCGGAGAUUGAAUUCCCAAACCAGCAGGUAAUAAUGGAGUUUAGUUUGCUUCCAGUCACUGCACCGAAGAAAGGUUCAUACUUUGAUCAAGUCAAAAUUGUGUAAUUUUAAUAAAAUUUUGGAAACUUCCACUGGGAUCAGGAUCCCGAAGGGAAACGGGAUCCCAACCGGAAACGGGAGCACCUGGGAUCGGGGCACCACCAGGAAACUGGAGUGUUACGGGGAACGGGAACCUACCGGGAUCUGAAUCACACCGGGAAACUGGAACCCACAGGUUUCUGGAUUACAUCGGUAUUGGGUUCCAUCGGUAUCAGGAUUCCACCUGGAAACGGGAUCACAACAGGAUUAUAAUACAACCAGAAUUGGGAUCACACCGGGAAACGGGAUCACACCAGGAUUAUAAUACAACCAGAAUUGGGAUCACACCGGGAAACGGGAUCACACCAGGAUUAUAAUACAACCAGAACUGGGAUCACACCGGGAAACGGGAUCACACCAGGAUUAUAAUACAACCAGAAUUGGGAUCACACCGGGAAACGGGAUCACACCAGGAUUAUAAUACAACCAGAAUUGGGAUCACACCGGGAAACGGGAUCACACCAGGAUUAUAAUACAACCAGAAUUGGGAUCACAUCGGGAAACGGGAUCACACCAGGAUUAUAAUACAACCAGAAUUGGGAUCACACCGGGAAACGGGAUAAAACCAGGAUUAUAAUACAACCAGAAUUGGGAUCACACCGGGAAACGAGAUACUGACAGGAUGAGAACACACCGGGUCUGGGAUUACACCGGUAUUGGUGUCCAACCAGGGUCGGGAUCGGGAUCACACUGCGAUCGUAAUUCUACCGGGAUCGUGUUUUAACUUCUUCUUCUAUAUAUUAAGGGACCACGAUCAAUUUAUUGAUCGUUUUGGCUCCUAUGCACGUAGAGGGGAUUUGCAAUGUUUCUGUGCCUGGUGUUGAUGAGGACAUUUCACUGAUUGCAAGUGCCACUUUGUGAGGGAAUCAUGCACAGGGGGUUUGAAGGCUUGCGGCAAUAGACGCAAAUGUGUCUAGUGUUGUCGCCUCAACUGUUUCCUUUGAAAGCUUGUUCCAGUCCCUGAUUGUCUUGGGCAGGAAUGAGCAAUUCCUUUACUGGCUUCUUGCUGGUAUGAGCCUGACUUGCCUGUCAUGGCCUCGUCGCUGUCUAUGGGGGAGAAGGACGAGUUAUGGUAUUUCUUAGAUAUUUCACUGAAAGUGUCCCUCUGUCUUUUUAUAAAAUAUCAUAGUCAUAUUUAAUAACUUCCACCAGUAUAUGUUAUUAUUUUCAAACGUCCGUUUACAUUCAUCAACACAACAUAAUGCUAUACUAAUUUUUUUUUAAAAAUCAGUAGUGUAAUCAUGCAUUUUUAAGUUGUAUCGUUGCUUAUUCAGAAAACACAACAAAAACUGAAGUUAGACGUGUCCCACCUGGUGAAAUGAUCCACAUCACCUGCAGUCCAAGUGGGUGUGACAAGUUGGUGAAAGAAGAGAACGUGGAAAUGAUUGCUUUGAAAAAAUGGACUAUGUCGGAAAAGAAUAUGUCACUACUAGCCACCAUGAGGGUCAACAAAAUAAUGGUAAAGUACUUGUUAAUUUCCAAAUGAUAGAAAACACGUCUAUUUCUAGAUAUUAUGAUGGGGCCAGGGUAGUGAAAGAAAGAAAAGAACGGCAGCACUUAGGGCAAAGCGUAAACUCUGAGAAGCCCUCAACCCCUCGGUGGGGCUACAAUAUCUCAGGGGCAUUGUUUUCUUUUCUUCCUCUGUCUACUUUUGACGGGGGGUGGGGUGGUGGUGUGGGGUGUCACGGGGAGUCAUGAUUGACGGCUUGACGCAAUGUGUGAGACCCGCUGGAUAUUAAGUUUGUGGAAUUUUCGUAUGUCCUUAACAUAGUACAUAUACCACGGUGUGGUCUUCCUCUGGCCUUGAAACCAGACUGCCUUCAAUGGUAAGCUGGCACUGGCAAUGAAGGCUGGUUGACAGGCACUCUACCAGGUGGCCAACAAAUUAAAUUGUUGGUGUCUUUUACUGGCUUACUCCAACAAAUCAUUUGUCUUAUUUACCGUUAACGAUGUGUUCCAUUCUUGUUUUACCAGCUACGGACUGUCAAUUAUCUAAUGUAUUUGUAUAAACAUAACGUCAAAAUGAGGAAGCGAUGGAUGAAUGACAGAUCGAUAGAUUGUAUUGAUGGGUGGAUGGAAAACUAGAUAGAAGAUAGAGGGAUGGUUUUGGAUACAUGUGUGGAUGCGUACCUGGGUGGAUGCAAAAAUUUGUGGAUGGUUAGAUGGAUUAUGGGUGGACAGAAUGAUGGACUGACACUGAAGUCUUAAUAAAAAUUGGUUUUAAAUGAAACUGAUUUUCCGCCAGGACAAGAAGCCGAAUGAGCUGGUGACGGUCGUGUCAGAUGCACAUGAUAUAAAUGUAACGGGGAGCCAACAAGAACUGUGUUUAUUUUUGAGCACAAACAACUUUGAAACAGGUGACACGUAUCAUUGUCUUAUCUUCUUCUGGAAAGAAAAGCAUAUUGAGAACGUCAGCUGCAUAACACAUCUGGAGGUCGAAGGUUAGUUAUUGUUUUUUUACUUUUUAAAAAAACAUAUCCUUAACUUUUUUGUCUCCAUUAAUAGUUCACCCUGACUUUCAAUUGAGUUUUGUUAACGAUCAACGAUCAACCUGUGUAAAGAUGACGUGCUUUUUGAUAAUUUCACUUAGACUGGGGAAUCAGUACCCGUAGUGGGACACUGAGCAGAAAGAGAGUCUACGAUUGUUCUCUUAAAAACACAAACUUUUAAUCGUGAACAAGAAACGAAACCUACAGUACAACACAUUUCUGUGUGGCUAUGGCUCUGUGGUUAAUUUUAAUGUGUUAUAGAUUUAAAACUAUCUACUCGGUGAUUAAACAAUCACAUAGCUUUUCUUUGCUACCCUCUCGGAUACUAAUUUUCAGCUUAAAAAUAUUCUUAUUUAAUUAUGUUGUUUGUUCGCUGAUGAAGGCUUCCUGCCAAAACGUUCUUUGCUUUGUUGUGUACAUUUUUCAGGUUUUCCCAUACUUUGUUUCACUCAUUUACUUUUUUAAAUGUCCAGUUGUUUAUUGUAAAAUAAUUAGACAAACAUCGAAAAACAUCAGAAAUAGUUCAAAUAUAAAUUCAGCGGAAUCAAAUGUUUCAUUCAAACAUCGUGAUCUAUUCGCUCUGAUGUAGUAUUAUCCCCAUAUUUAUUUCUAAAAAACAUACUGUCACAAAAGCAUUUAAAGUACUAUUCGAGAUUUUAAAAGAUAAAUUACAAUAUUUAAUUCGUUUAUUUACCACAAUUUUCCCUUGCACGUAUGAAGAGUCCUGGUAUUACCCCGUAUCCAAAAGGCAAUCAAAGUUCCUGGGGAAAAUAAGGUCUGUUUCAUUUUUCCCUUUAUCCAGCUUCCUCUACCUUACCAGAAUCAACAACUGGCGCCACUCGGAGAGUCUCUGCUCAUGCUGAAGGAGGGUCACCUCAAUUAUCACAAAGUGUUGAAUAUAAGGUGACAGAGUCGGUGUCCUUGCAGAUGGUUGGUGUUGGAAUAACGGGCGUGGCCAUUCUCCUCAUCUCUGCUACCUUGAUCCUCAACAUUAUCACCUACAUACGACUUUCGUCAGGAGACUUCCUUCAGCAGGCGACCAAGCUGCAGGUGGCCAAGCUGCAGGCGACGCUGCUGCCAUCUAAGCCUGACAGUAAGUUAAAAUCAUUUUUAAUUUUUUUUUUUUUUUGGUAGCCACCAGAUGUAAUGCACCACCAGGGUAAUCUUUUCAGGCUUUCGUUGCGGAUGUCUCAUUGUUUCAUGGAUCCCUCUGGCUGUGUUGAGACACAGAGUUGAGAUUAAAUCAUGACCCACCAAAACAGGUUUGGUAACCUGGCAGGAAAAAGAAAAGAUAGUCUUCUCUAAUCUUAGCGAAAGAGCCAAGACCAAAAAUGACAGAGUGUAAUAAUAGAUUUCUACUCGGCCAAGCUAGAGCAUAAUUAAAUUAUGUGUAUUUGUAUGUCCACAUAUCCAUCUAUUUAUCUGCCUAUCUACAUACCAACCUACCUACUUAAUACCUACCUACUUGUCUACCUAUUGUUUUACUGCCUUGUUCACCUACAUAUUCACCUUCCUGUCUACCUAUCUACCUACCUUAUCAUCAUCAGUGACGCUAAUGCUCAUAUAGGGCCCCGGCCUGCUCCACCGCAUCCUUCCAUCCGGAACGAGCCAGGGCUUUCCGCAUCCAUGCGCGAACCCCCAACUGGUGUAAAUCAUUCUCUACAUCGUCGAUCCAUCUCAGCCUUGGGUGACCGGUGAGUCGUCUGUCGCUACGGUUCUGCCUGUGCAUUAGAUCACUCUUGCUGCUCUAAAUUCCGGCAUCCUUUCAAUAUGUCCUGCCCAGCUCAGUCUGCCUUUUUUAUUGUUGCGACUAUGGGCGGGUCAUUGUAUAAUUGGUAUCGCUCUUAGUUUGUAAGGAAUCUCCAUGUAUCAUUUUCCAUGAGUGUGCCGUAUAUUUUUCUGAGGAUGUUCCUCUCCCGUGUAUUGAGAAGGUUCAAUGCUUUUCUGGUAAGGGUCCAAGUCUCAAUUGCUUAAGUUAUUACUGGUCUUAUGAUACUGGUGUAUAUCGUCUUCUUUGUUCCCCUUGAGAGGUUUUUGCUGACCAGUAGCUUUUGUAGGCUGAAAUAGGAACGGUUGCCUGUUGUUAUCCCUUUUUUCAGCUCCGAUAAUAUUAUUUCAUUGUGCUUGUUUAUAGUUGCCCUUAGAUAUUUGAAUGUAGCCACUCUCUCGAAUUUGUGGUUCUUUAAAUUGAUGUUGUCAUCAGUGUGGGUGUUUCGUGGCAUUAUCACAUAUUUUGUUUUAUGUUCAUUUACAUCAAGACCAGCUUUGACUGGGGCAUUAUCAAGUUCCCUGAAUGCUUUAACAAUGUCAUUACUGUUACUACCCAGUAGCGCUAUAUCGUCUGCGUAUAUCAGGUACUGCAAUGGUUGGCUAUUUAAGGUUCCUGAUGGUCGUUGUUCUGUAAUACCUCUCUGGAAGUUGAGUGUUAUGGUUCCACUGGUGCUCACGUGCAAGCUUCUAUUAACUAUUUCAAGCCUGAUGUUAAACAGGAUAUGUGAUAGUGAGUCUCCUUGUCCAAGGCCCCGAUUGACUGGGAACUCCCUUGAAUAUUCUCCAUGCACCUUGAUUCUACUUUUGGCCAUUGUACUAUGUAUGGGACGAGUUAGCUUGUUAGGGACUCCAAGUUUUUGUAAAGCAUUGUAUAAUUAAUUCCUGUUUACGCUAUCGUAUGCUGUUUUGUAAUCCACAAAUAUUUGGUGUAUGUCGAUGUUAUAUUCGUAACAUUACACAAGGAGACACCUUAUAGUAAAAAUAUGAUCCGUGUUUGACCUAUUCUGUCGAAAUCCGCAUUGGUAGUCCCCUAGGAUCUUUUCUCUCUACCUUUCCAGUUUUCUUGCUAAAAGUUUUGUGAGGAUUUUUUACAUUAAAUAUAUGAGGGAGAUUCCUCUGUAAUUUGAGCAGACCACAUUAGAUCCUUUUUUGUGAAUUGGGAUCAUGAGUGCAGUAUCCCUUUUACCCCGGGGUGGUAAGGGGGGGGACUUUAGAGACGUUAAAUAUAUCCACCCCAAACCCCUAGAAAGCCUGGCCCGGUUACUGCCACACUCUCUGGGGCUGCCACACUCAGCGGCCAAUCGAGUGGAGGUCUGGAGUGGCUGUCUUAGGGACGGAACGUCCCUGGCGUGCCGCUUCGCGGCCCAAUCGGAAUAAAGACCACUGGGGGAGUGGUUGAUGGCCGGUUUGGUUGGCGGGGUGGUGCGUUGGGGGGGGACCAUAUGAGCCAUGGCUCGGUAUUCGCUGAUUUUCUUAAGUAAUUGCAGUAUCCCAUUCUAUAGGCACUUCUUCCUCCAGCCAGAUUCUUGAUAUGAGGUCGUGCAUUUGCCUAUGCAGUUCGUUACCACCUAGCUUUAUGAGUUCUGCAGGGAUAAGGUCUAUUCGUAGGGCUUUUUAAUUUUUUAUUGUGAAGAUCACAUCUUUUAUUUCAUUUAAAGUUGGUUGGUUGACCUGUUGGUCCGGUUCUCCUUAUGGUAGAUCGUAAGCCUCAUUGGUUCCUCCACCCGAGCCAUUCAGUAAGCCUUCAAAGUGUUGGGUCCAUCUCUCUAGUACUCUCCUGCUCUUUGUGAUCAAUUCCCCACCAGUACUUUCACACAUGUGGGAUCUUGCUUUCUUUUCCCUAUUAUCUCCACGUACAUUUCCCUCACAUCUCUUUCUUUUGCCAACUCUUCUAUCAUUACUAUUUUGAUAUUUCCCAAACACGUUUUUUCUUUCUGCAAACUUUGCUGGUCACACUUCUUUCUUCAUUAAAUAAUUGUCGUGUUCUUUUUGUCUUCCUUGCAUCAUAAUUAACCGAGCUUUUUUUAUGUGCUCUAUAAAGUCUUUGCAUACUGCGUCAUACCAUUCUGCUAUUUUUUACAAUCAGUUUAAAUCCAGUCGUUUCCUCUGUUACACUUCUUACUAUGUGCUUCAUCUUUUCCCAUUGCUCUUUUAUAUCAACGUUGCUGGUUGAUUCCCUUUUGAACAAUUGUGGUUGAGUUUCAAUCUUCUGUUGAUAUUCCUCAGUAAUUUUUGUGUCCCUGCUUAAUUUCUGGAUUUUGUACUGUAUUUCUCUUUUAUUUUGUUUAUUGUGGAUGUUACAAAUUCUUUGUUUAUAUUUGAUUCUAACAAGCAUGUGGUCUGAGUCUAUGUCCGCCCCUCUACAACUUUGCACAUCUGAUAUGUCCGAGCCAUGCCUCUGGUCGAUGAGUACGUGGCCAAUUUGAUUGCGGGUAAAUCCAUCUGGAGAUAUCCAUGUCGCUUUAUGUAUUUGUUUGUGUUGGAAUAUUCUGCUACUGAUUGUCAUUUCUUUUUCUGAAGUGAAUUCUAUAAAACGUGCUCCGUUGUCAUUGCUCUGAUUAUGCAGACUUUCCUUUUCGAUUGUUUGUCUGUAAGCAGGGUCUUUCCCAAUUUUCACAUUGAAAUCGCCGAGGACUAUUUUGGUGCCAUUGUGUGGCGCCUCAUCAAACGCUCUUUCCAGUGUUUCGUAGAAAGUUUCCUUCACGCUUUCAUCUAUAUCUUCCGUUGGAGCAAUGCCUGCAUUUAUUGUCUCUCUUUUAAGUGCAAACCUUGUUCCUAAAGUGUUUGUGUUGUUUCCACUGUAAAAUAUUGUAUACUCCUUAGUAUUUAGGAUAUCCGAGCCUUUCCAUCUGGUCUCCUGCAGCACCGCAACCACCAUUCUAUAUCUUAACAAUUCGUUACUGUGGCGGGCCAAGGCUCCCGCUCUGUAUAGACUAAGUACAUUCCAGGUCGCUAUCCGUAUAUCAUACUUUUGUUCAGUCAUGGGUUUAACUUUCGUAACACUCGUCAGCCCGCGCACAACCGCUGGGUGGGGGGGGGGAUUUCCCUUGCCCCUCUUAGAGUAGCUGCCUUUGUAUUGGGUCGGGUCCCUAGUCUAUGUGGAUCCCUCGACUAUUUACAAUGUAGUAAUUACUGAUUUUGGUCCACCCCGGGUUUUUAUUUCCCCGUGACUCGAUAUCUGGUGGGCUUUCCCGUAUCCGCAACCUGGGAAGGCGCUCGUUGGAAGAUGGGUCUCCUCACCUGCCUAACUAAAUACUUACAUACCUACCUACUUGUCUGCCUAACUAUUUACCUACCUGUCUACAUGGCAACCUAUCUGCCUGCUAGUCAUUUGAUGAUUUCUAGUUUCUGAUUGAGAAUCAGUGUUACGUGUUUUCGUUUCUCUCCUUUUGAACUCGAAGGCUUAGGUUUUGAAAACAUGGUCACUGUACAGUUAGAGCGAAACUCACUUUGUUUAUAAACAGUUUCAAAAUGUACAUACGUCACUACAGAUGCACUGUAUUACAGUAGAGAGUACUUAGACACAGUUUACUGCGAUGUGAAAGGACACAAAACAACAACGCACAAAAAAAAAAAGGUGAAAACGCUUCGUGAUUGAUUAACUGUGCUGCACUGCACCUGUAUUUGUUGUGACAGCUGAGACUAGCCAGCCGCUAAUUGUUUCCGAACAAUACCGAGCGCUUCCGGAUGAUCCCGAACUACCCCGAAAACUUCCGAAUAACUCUCGAACGUUUUUAUUUGCUUUAAAGACACACUUUUGGAGAAAACCACAAUUUUUACAAUUUUCCGGAGCGAUGCCGGACUAUCGGGCAUUUCAGACUGUUGGAUGCCGGACUGAUGGACUUCUACUGUACCUACCUACCUCCCUACUUACCUACCCACCUACUUACCCACCUACCUACCUACCCACCUACCCACUUAAUUACUACACACCUACCCACCCACCCACAUCCCCCCAGCCAGACUGCCUGCCUUCCUGCAUGCCUCCUACCGACAGACCAAACGUCGGACCGACUCACCCACCCACCAACCCACCCAUCUAUAUGUCUAUGUUUCCAGUGCCAUCUUAAGGCAUGGGCUCACUGGGCACAUGGCCAGCAACUCACGCCUCUGGUGGCCUCAUGCUUCUAUGGUGAUCCCACCUUUUGAGGGUAUCACGCCCACAGGGAACCUCACGCCUCUAGAGCAGGCCUGCACAACUCAAAAUCUAAGGCGGGCCGUAUUUCUUUAUGAAAAACGUGUGCAGGCCAAAAGAAAAUAGGAAAGUGGCUUAAGCUGUUAAGAAAAUAAUAACCACGAAGAAUGUAUUGUUACUUACGAAAUAAAUGUAAUGUACUUUGUAAGCAUAAUUAUUGUAACACAUUGCAUCUUUUUUCAGUAACGAGUUUGUCGUAUUCAUGUGAUAUAUUGAAAGUGGCUGAUCUCAAGAUGUCUUCAGAAUGAUCAUUACUCAAACAUGAGGGUUGCUUGCAUUUUUUAAUGUCCUUUAUUGAGAUUGUCGGUUCAUAUAUUUAAGUGGUUCUUGGUGUACUAGAAGUUUGUAAAAAAUUUUGUAUUUUAUUCUUAAUUUAUAAUAUUAUGAAUUUUCAUCAGUCUUUUUGGGCCGUAUAUGUUGUGCAGGCCUGCUCUAGAGGUCCACACGCUUCUUGCUGCCUUAUGCAGCCAAUAAUAUUAGUGCAAUUUGAAAAAAAAAAUUGAAAAUUGAUUUUGCUUUUAAAAUGAAAGCGGCUCCAGUUUAUUUAAACAAGAUUUUUUUAUUCUCAAAUCAUUUAAAUUUUUAAGUUAUACUAGUUUUAGCAAAACUUGAUUUUGAAAAAAAUCCAUGAAUUUUCUUGUUGUGAGGUGGGGGAAGGAGUAAAUCUAGGAGUUUUUUUUAAAUACAAACCAUCAGUAUUUACUAAUUUAAUUGAAGAAAGUUAUAGUAGUAAGAAAUUCCAAAUAAAUUUUUUAAGCAUUUGAUUGGAAAUUCAUGCUGUCUCAUUUUCCCUCAGACAAAUCACGUAUAAAUACAUAUGUUAGGAAAAGCGGUGCACAGGGUGCACUAAUAAGACGAUUUUGGCGCCCUGCCAAUGUAAAGUUUAUGAGAUUUUAUCGCUUAAUUCACUAUUAAGGACGAAUUUUCCCCUGAUAUUGGUGCCAGAUGUGAUAGGCCCUCUCGCAACUUCCCCCUUCACACGACCGUGAUUAUAUAGAAGUAUAGGGGCCUCAGUCAUUAACUGUGCCCAGGGCCUCCACUGCUGUAAAGACGGCCAAAGCUAUCAAUGUAAUCUAAUCUAUAUAACCUUUUGAAUGCCUAACGAAAAACAGAAUGUAAACAAAUUAAACAAAUAAAUAUAGCUCUCGCAAAACAAUAUAGCACAGAAUGAAAGAUAUAACGAGAUAGAUUUCGCUAAAUAUUGAAAUAUUAUAACAUGAAUGACAUACAUUUAGGAAUAAAAUAAAGGAGGCGUCGAUCAUGUAACUUUAAGGAAAUAAGGGAAACAAUGUAAGCAGUGGCGUAGCUAGGUGAUGUGGGGUGCACAGUGGCGUAGCUAUGAGGGUGCGAGGGUGUGCAGUGGCAUAGCUAGAAGGGUUCGGGAGUGCGGACCGCACCGGGUGAUACCAUCUCAGGGGUGACACCAAUUUGAAAACUUGCAUAUAUACUGAGCAAACACUGCUCGGUCUAACCGAAAUUCUUAAAAGGAUAACCGAUGACGUGUAACUUUUCCAAACGUGUAACCAAUCCAAGUACAUUCUGAAAUAAAAGUUCAAGGCUGAUGCGUCAGAAAUGAGCUGACCCAAUACUUAGGUCAGAAAAACAUUAUUUGACCAUUAUACAACGCCGUUUGAAGUGUUACGUAAAUUUCGUACGUGGAAAAAAGCUAUAUUUAUCUAAAUUCGGAGCAAUAAAGCUUUCCAUUGAUGCUGAAAACUAUAUGUGGUCGGGCGAUUCUAAGUACAUGAAGCGAAUCGGUAAAAUUAAAAACAUUUUAAAUAAAAACAUUUUAAAUAAAAACAUUUUAUAAUGUUUACAGAAUGCUAUUUUACAAAUGUUCAAUUAUCUUUAAAUAAAUGGAUUUAAAUUUAUAUUAAAAAAAAAAAAAAAGAUUUUUGAAACCAAAUAUAUCGAAACCCAGAAAUACUCAAAAAUAAAUAUGUUCACCGAUUCGUAAAACAUCGCGAGGUCUUUAAAAUGUUGUCUGUGAUAUCACGUUUAUCUGAUACCUCUACCAUUCGGCUGAUCUACUUGAGGAAGUUAAUCUUAUACAGCAGCAUCUGCACACUAAAGACUUUACUCUUGACAAAGUGAUGACUAUUCUAGAAUCAUAAAGAUUGUUUCUGCACGAGAAGCGCUGUCAAUUGGUGGAAUAUGCUAUUGAAUAGGCACUUUUAAUCAGAUCAAUAAUGAAUUUCUGUAGAGAGAAGAAUAAGGUUUAAGAAGAGAAUGGCAGGAGAACUGUUUACGAUCCACGAUGGGACAGUCAAGACUUUCUGUUCUGGCUCUACCAUGAACUGAAAAACUAUACGGUAAAGGAUAUUGCUUUUUUUUCAAAUGAUUGACAGGUUUGCAGCUUUGAAGACCAGGAAAGGAAAAUUUUAAAUGAAAUAAAUUUAACGUAAAAAAAACAAAAAAACUUUAAACGUAAUUAUUAGGGGUCGCAAAACCGGUCCCUUUUGCCAAAACCGGUAUUUUCGAUAUUUCCGAUAUUUAGAGAAUUUUUAGUCGUGAUUCGAGAUUACAGGUGAGGAUUUAUCAAUUAAAUAAAAAUAUUUAAAAAAAUAUCACAUUUUGAUUUUUUAUAAGCUUUUAAACACACGUUUAUCUUCAGACUUUAAUCAAAUGAACAAAAAUAAUAUUCUUAACUUUUUAAUUUAAAAAGUUUGAUUAAUCAAAUAUUAAAAUAAUUGGUGUUGUUUUAACCUUGGUCAAAUUUAAAUAAUGAAAUCGUAGCAAUGACAAAGUAUAAUAUUUGGUCACUUAACUUUGACCGCAAAUGGUUACAAAGGAACCUGAUGAAGAGAGCACCCGCUCUGACUCCACAUUGGUCUGAGGAAUAGACCUUAGGCUAUCAUAAGCAAUUUCUAGAUAUUUUCCUUUUGAACAGCCAUUCUCAAAUAAAGCCAUUUCUAUUUUUACCAAUGUAUCCAUGUCUCCAACCGUUAGUCUGGUAUUAUUAUCCUGAGCGUGAAGUUUCUUGUGUAUUUCAAUUUCUAAUUGUCUCUUAAGCGGCAGUGUGUUUUCAAGUUCGUCAUGCUCAGAUCCAAGAUGUUCAAUUUCAUUGUUCGUAGAUAUUUCCAACGAGGAAUCCGCUGUCUGACCAAGCUUUUGAAUAUCCACGAUAUAUUUUCGCAUCUGGUCGCAAUCUGGCCUUAGAAAAUUAAAUACAUCCAAGUAGUCACUGGAAUGUACAGACUUUAAAUGAGAGUCAAGGCCUGAAGUUGUACCUCCCAAUGUUUUAAGUAUCUUUUUACAUCUAAUACAUUUAGCUGAGAGAUUUCCGUAGCUUUCAAGAAAUGAUCCCAAACUGAUUUCUUUGUUUCCGAUAGUUUCAUAUGCUUUUCAAAUUUAGGUUUAUUUUUUUCAGGGUCCCCCAUUUCUCUCUAUAAACUUGGGAAAAUAAAUCAUUAACAAAAAAUUAUUAAUUCACUCGAAAUGGUUUGACGUGUAAAACUUUUUUUUAAUGUUUAAAUUGGCUAUGUAUGGUACAGAACAAUUAGGACAUUCAGUCAUGAAAAUUUUGGCUAGGUACGGUACAGAACAAUUGGGACAUUCAGACAUGUAAAUUUUGGCUAGGUACAGCAUAGACAAACUGGGAAAUUUAGCCUGAGACAAAAUAGCUCGAAAAUCAAUUAUGAUUUGAAUUUAAAUUAUUAAUAUUGUUAUCACAAAAUAGAAGUACCAUAAUUUUUUCUGUGUCUUAAACUUAAGGGAUUUGAUUAUCAAAAUACGGAUUUACUCAUAUUUUUAAAUAUGUAGUGUAGGUCUUUUGGCAUAAUUAAAAGAAAUCAAGCACUCCAAAAAAAAUUUUACAUUAAAAGUUUACCCCGUGAUUUGAGUGCAACAUGUUAUUAUUUCCAAACAAAAUGUUAAUGGAAGUCAAAAGUCGAUGUUCAUUCGACUAUACCAAUCACUUAUUUGUCAAUAAUAUGAAAACAUUUACUUACCAAUCUUGUACCUUCACGCCGUGACUCGUCUCCACUUACACACUACACACGCACGAUGUAAAAACAAAACGUCAUGAUUCUUGAGCAAUAAGAGUACACAGAUUCAGCUCGUCGGUCGGCUCUCUCUUUGAACUUGAGACACGUUGUGUGAGGGAUUUGCACAUCUCAUAAAUUAUUGAUAUGCAUUGCUAUAACUAUGACGUGGAAACUAAGAAAAGGGAUUUUUUUUAAAAAAAUUGAAAAUGAAAUCCCGGGAUUAUCGAAAAUCCCGGUUUUCAUUAAUCCAAUCCCUGUUUUUUCAAACAUCAAAUAUGGUCCGGUAAUCCUGUAUUUUGGAAUUUCGGGAUCCCGGAUUGCGACCCCUAGUAAUGAUACUAUAACUUAACGUUGUUACAGUUCUUCAAUACAUUUACCUCCUAACAUUCAAUUAAUUUGUUUUUGUACUUGUCAUUGUUGUACUGUGGACUUAUUUUAACAAGAAGUAAUCUGACGGGGAAAGGGAGGGGCUUACACCGCACCGGGUGACACCAACCCUAACUACGCCACUGGGGAUGCGAACCGCACCGGGUGACAACAACCCUAGCUACGCCACUGGGGAUGCGAACCGCACCGGGUGACACAACCCUAGCUACGCCACUGGGGAUGCGAACGCACCGGGUGACACCAACCCUAGCUACGCCACUGGGGAUGCGAACCGCACCGGGUGACACAACCCUAGCUACGUCACUGGGGAUGCGAACGCACCGGGUGACACAACCCUAGCUACGCCACUGGGGAUGCGAACCGCACCGGGUGACACAACCCUAGCUACGUCACUGGGGAUGCGAACGCACCGGGUGGCAUCAACCCUAGCUACGUCACUGGGGAUGCGAACCGCACCGGGUGACACCAACCCUAGCUACGCCACUGGGGAUGCGAACGCACCGGGUGACACCAACCCUAGCUACGCCACUGGGGAUGCGAACGCACCGGGUGACACCAACCCUAGCUACGCCACUGGGGAUGCGAACCGCACCGGGUGACACCAACCCUAGCUACGCCACUGGGGGUGCGAACGGCACAGGUGACACCACAUCAAGUGGGACACCAAAUUGAAAAAUUGCAUUUUUACAGAGAAAACACUGCUCGGUCAAACCGAAUUUCAUUUAUAGGAUAACCGGUCACGCAUAAAUUUUCCAUUCAAAUCAAUCAAAAUUCUUGCAUUAUUAAAAGUUCAAAGUUGAUGCGUCAGAAAUGAGCGAACCUAAAAUUAAGUCAGAAGAACAUCACUUUGACCAUGAUUCAACGCCGAUUGAAGUCUUUGGUAAAUUUUGUAGGUGACAGAAUGUGGUUGGGUGUUUCUAAGUACAUGAAUCGAAACAGUAAAAAUCAAAAACAUUUUUAAUAAUGAAUUUUUACCUACUUAAAGGGUUAAAAAAGUAAAAAAAUAAAUUUAAGUUCUUAAAUCUUUUAAUAAUUAAUAUAAAUUUAUUAAAUUUUUAUAGGAUUUUGAAACCAAAUAUUUUGAAACCUAGAAAUACUCAAAAUAAAUAUUCGCCUAUUUGUCUGUAGCAUCGCCCCUUAUUAUUUGAGAAAAAUUGUCAUGCAGCGCAAGUUCUUUUACCUGCUGUCUGUGAUUUCACGUUUAUCUGUUACCUUUACCUUCUCUUUACAUAGUCAUGCAUUUUUUUUUAAAUUUCUUGUUUACUUCCCGUCUUGCUUGUAUUCAUGCGUCUUUUAAUUUAAUAAAAGCUUUAGAUAUAUCUAUACUACGUUUCCCUAAUAGUGUAAUGUUAUCGGCCUAGGGGCCGUCCAUAAAGUACGUCACGCUAUUUUUGACAAUUUUACCCCCCUCCCCCUGUCACAAACUGUCACAAAUCUCGACCCCCCUCCCCCCUAAAGUAUGUCACACUUUUGAACAAUUUAAAAAAAAAAUUAACACCUAAUUAAAAUUUAAUAUAAAACACACUUCACUAUUAAACUGUAUUAAAAUAUAACAUUUCCACUUAAAAGAACUAUCACAUUAUUAAAAUGACUUUAAUAGUAAAAUAGUUAAUUGUCAACAGUUGUCACAGUUAUUCUUUGAAGCAGUAACUCAAUCUAUAUUGAAUUUGACAGCAAAAAUUGCAAAAAUUUGACUAGACAAUUAUAGGCCCCUAUAAUACACAUCAUUUAUCUGCUGCUUUUUCAAUUAACAAAAGGUGAGGUCAAGCUUUAGAUAAUUUCCUAUUAUGCAAUCUUUUUACACAGGAUAAGGAGUAAAUUAACGAAACUUGACCUCACCCAGUGAUUAAAUAAUAAAAAUGAAACAAAACAAUUUGACUAAAAAAAGACUAGCUUGACAAAUUUUGUGACCAACUCUUCUGCUAUAUUGAAUCUGUUUAUUAUGGGUUUGUGAGUUAUGUUUAAUUCAAAAAUAUUCACUAGACAUCAUUCAUCCAUGGUGAAGUAAAGUAUUCAUCCAUAGUACGACUGGCAUCAAUCUUUCACCAUCAUCGUUUCCUGGAAGGGUAAUUGUAGACAGAUCAAAUUCAUCCACAUCUAGCCACUCAACAACCUCUGAAUGUGCAUUUUCUUUUCUGGCAAUAACUGCCAUGAGUUCUCUUUGCCUUCUAGCAGCGAUUCUCAAAGGACUGAUGCAUUUUCUCUGAUUUGAUCCUGGAACAGUUUGGGUUGGCACAUUCUCCCGAGCCCGAGCUCUGUGUUGUCCUACAUGUUUCUUCGACAUUGUUUGUGAGGCAAAGUAUAAGUGACAUACUUUGCAAAUUCGAUCAAGUAAGCUGGUCUGCAAAGAUGGACAAUGAAGAUCAUACUUUGAAAACUCCUGUUGAUCUCGGCAAGGCUAUACAUAAAACAAGGCUUCGCAACAGCAUACUAGUGCUCCUAGGGAGAGGAAUCGUGAAUAACACAUUCAGGAGAUACACAUUUCAUGCUAUUUUGACAUAAAACUAAUUCCAAUGUUUCACACAAUUUUCAAAAUUAUUUUUAAAGCUAUUAAAUUCUACUAAAAAAAUAAAAAAUAAAUUAGAAAUAAAUUUUUUUUUUUUUUUUAAUGUGUGACGUCAAACAUGCCCUGCCCCCCCCCCCCCCCCGUCACAAACUGUCACACUUUCUUACACCCCCUCCCCCUUCUGGAGCGUGACGUACUUUUUGGACGGCCCCCUACGCAAGAAACUGAAAUGUUUGGUAGUAGAGAGUUACUGUUGGUUGUGGGUCUUGAUUUUUCCUUAGAAUGUAUUCCAUGUUUGUUCCUCGGGUGUCAAUGUGUAUUAAGGCUGAGCCAAGUGCAGUUUUUUACACCUGGUCCGGGAAUCUUGAGAAAAAAAUAGGCGGAUCGAGACGAUGUUAAAAAAAAAAUAGUUAUCUUAUCAUUGUUCUGUAAUGCUUUCCACCCAAAUGGGGAUAAGUGAAAAGUUCAUGUAUAGAACCAGUAACAAUCAAAGCCGAAGGUUUUUCAACACGAAUAGCUUAAUAAUAUAAUCCUAACAUUGUUAGACCCUUUUAUAAGAUUAGCUUAGAUUUGGCGACCAACAACCAGAAAUGUGUCUUGAAAUUUUAGACAAAAUGUGUUUGUACGGUAAUUUUGGUCGUGGGUGGAGGGUAAAGAAGGGUGGGGGGUGUUCUGUAGAGGGGGCACUGUAAGUCAAUCAACAGAAAAUGUUUGAGAAAGUCACACACCUGCUUUUAUAUAAUAUUUAUAUUUUAGCUGUUCUGUUUAUUGAAAAAAAAAUAUUUACAUUUUAAAAUGAAAAUUCACAUAAGAAAAAUUUCACACAUUACAACGCACAGUUUUCAUCUUUCUGAUACCAACGUACAUAUAUUUUAAAAUAAAUGUUUUUUUAAUCAUCAUUGUGAUAGCAUUAUGUUGCUUACAAAUAGUUGAUCAAAGUUUAAAUGUGCUCCUCCAUAGCUUCUUGAGUCUAGUAUGUCUGAUCAAUGCUUCCGACCGAUAAGACUGGACCAUGGACUUGGUCAUUCAAUUAUUUUUUAAAAGAUCUGUUUAGCAUUCUUCCCCACAUUUUUGGAAUUGGGAAAUGACUGUAGUUGCUUUAAAUGAAACCAAAUACAUGCAUUAUAUCAACGUAAAAAAACUUUGCAAAAAAAUGACGUGUAUUAAAAAUUAACGGUGUGUCUCUAAUCGCCUUAUUUAUCUUUUUAAAAAAAUCAUUUAAUAUGAGAAUGUUUAUUUAAAAUUAACCUCCAUUAAUCUUUUUCCCCCUUCAUUGCAGCAGUGGAGGAGCUGGUCGCAACGGAGCCCAUCUACAGUGUCAUAAAAAAAUGAAAAUCUCUAAAUAAAGCCGGACAGGACAUCUACAGAGAUUGUGUUGGACUUUGGACUGAAUUUAAUUAAUCUUCAAAAUUUGUUCAAACAUUGAAUUAAAAAAAAUAUUAAUUAAAGAGGUUCAGAAUUUAAUCAAUUAUAUUACUGGUGUCAUGUAAUUUAUUUUACUAUCAUAUUGUG